AGGUUGUUUAAAAAGAGUAUCUUACUCACUUAUUUUCGCGAUUUGCGAAAAUGAAAUUUUCAUAUCAGUGAUCGUGAUUCGCUAUUUUUCCCAUUCGUGAACCGUGCCCUGUACGACUCUCGCUGAACAAUAUCGAAAGUUGUAUAGGUUUUUAACAGAUAAUCUUAUAAGUUUAAUAUAAAAAAGAGUUACACUACGAACCCGAGUCUUAUGAACGAUAUUCUCAGUGACUGAACUGUGCGUCAGUUCAUAGAAAAUUCCAGCUGUUGCUUACAGAUAUAAUCCCUCUUGGGGAAAAAAAACAAAGAUGGCGGCCGUAUAUUCUACCACAAUACCAUGCAAACCUCACGCGACCCAUACAGUACAAGGCCUACAGAGAAAGCCAUAUUUUUGCAAUAUUUGUACCUGUGCUAACGAUGUUGUAUAUGCUAGGUUUCAAGGUUUUAGAGGUCUCUUUUACGUUUUUAUGAGCGUUGUUAAAGUCUUCGUACGUUAAGAAUUAUGGGUUAGUGCUGAGUGUACCAGUCGCCAUCUUUUUUCCAACGGGGGAUUGUUUACAGCCAGUGACAAAGCUCUGUCUCCAACAGGAAUAAAGUGAAGAGUGGGACCUGGGAAUCAACACAAAUCGUAACGGGAGUUAAUAGUACCAGCAUCCGGGAUUUUAUGGCCACGUGGAAAAAAUCAUCCAACUCUGCUGUGAGACUGACAGACAGUUGUAUUUCAGCCCAGUGCAACCCUACUUGUCCCCGUCAAUUAUUGUUUACAGAUCCUGCGGUGAUCUGGGGCGAGACUGUUCAAACUAUCAUAAUUGUAUUGUCAUUGGUUGUUACUGUCACGUGCGUUGGGUUAAAGUCCAUAUUCAUGCUAUAUCAGUAUUACUUGGCCAGGAAACAAAAACAGUAUUUGAAUGACCCUGAUACUUCCUUUACAGAAAGUGAGCUGCCACCGUGCCCCCCAAAUGAUAUGAUCAGUAUUGCCUGCUCGUCACUAAGCUACUCAGUCGAUGCUAGCAAGAAGAAGACGAAAGAAGAUAAAGGAGACCCGGCUUUUAAGGAUAAAGUGACUGGCACAACAGAUCGAGAAGUAGUCGCUCCCAGCCGUGGCCACAGGACUAAUCCAUCGGUUAUGGAGGAUGUUAUUACUGAAGAGAGUGACAGCUCUGACUCGGAAACCUCGGACCAAGAGAAACGCACACUAUCCAAAUCUCCUUCGUGGGAUGACUCGGUCUUUCAUCCCUCCCCCGAGAAGACUCCCGUACCAUCACGGAAAUACGGAAAGGUGCAUUUUGUUGAUAUCAACGAAGACAGAGAGGCAGGAAAGGCAAAAUAUUCCAACCAGCCAAAAGAAUCCCUGCGUACUGAUCAUCAUAUAAAACAUAAAAAACCAAAGAGCAAGCAAAUUCUAAAGAACGUGUCAGUGUAUUUCAAUACUGGUGAACUGGUGGCCAUCAUGGGACCCUCAGGUUGUGGAAAGACAACACUACUUGAUUUAUUAACAGGCAGGCGAAAACAAGGAUACCGCAAGGGCCAAGUCUACAUCAAUGGAAUUGCCAUGACUGAUGCCAUUGUACAAGACUGGUACGCGCAUAAGAUUGGUUAUGUGUUACAGCUCGCUGUGCCUUACUAUGAAGAACUUACUGUCCGACAGAACCUCUUCUUUGCUGCGCACAUGAGACUGCCGAAAUCAAUGAGUCACAUAAGGAAGUUUGAACGAGUUGAACAAAUACUGGCUGAGACUGGCCUAACGUCCAUAGCAGAUGUAGUUGUUGGUGGAUCUGUUGGUCAAGGACUUAGUGGAGGACAAAAACGUCGAUUAUGUGUUGCUUUUCAGAUGAUCAACUUGCCAUCUGUGCUGUUCCUCGAUGAACCAACUUCAGGUCUGGACGCGUCGUCUUCACUUGAGCUGUUAAAUCAUCUGAAUCUUGUAGCUGAGUCAGGCAGACUUAUUAUUCUCACCAUUCAUCAGCCGAGACUGGAAAUCUUUCAUCUUUUUCACAAGAUCAUUCUCUUGUACGAAGGGCAGGUUGCGUAUUAUGGCGAUCCGGCCGUGGCUCCUUCUAUUUUUCUUAAAGCUUAUUUCCAGUCAACAACUGAAGAAUAUAGGCGCAGAGAGGAUGCACCAAACAUUGACACUACAAAUCCUGCUGACACCAUCAUGGAUUUACUUAGCAACAGGCAAGCUCGCCAGGCUAUUCUGGAUUAUUAUCAAGCGAGUGGUGAACCACAAGCAGUCCAGGAAGCCAUCAAGGUGUCAGCAAGACAGGCCAUGCGUCAAUUCACUUUGGAGAGAAUGAAACGCGAGAAGACAGGUGCGAAUGAUGCGGGGCCAUUCAACAGACUCUUUGUGCUGGAAGGAAGAACUUCCAAGCGACAAACACUUGGACAGAUCACUUACUUUCCUCUGAUAUUCUUUACAUUUGGAUUAUUAGUGGGAACUGUUUACUGGCAAGCAGAGGGGAAAGGUGGACUUUUGCUGAUGUCAGCAUAUUGUAUUAAUACUGUUUCCAGUCCUCUGUUUCUGAGCGCAAUUUUAAUGGCGCACCUAAACAAAGCUCUGAAUAUACUCAACCUUGAGCGUGCAGAUAGGUGUGGCCGGCCACUUGAGAAUGUGAUUCAAACUUUCGUCCGCACUGCUUCAUUGUGCGUGAUUCCUGUUAUAGUGUGUUCUGUCAUGACAUACUUCAUGGUGAUGACGUCAUACGACUUGUGGAAAUUCUUGCUGGUGACAAUCAUUUCAUUGGUUUUAAACCAAACCUGGAUAUCAGUCUAUAUGAUGGUGAUUUGUGCACAUCCGGGGAUCGCUCAUCGUAUUUGUCCAAUGGUGUCCGCCAUUGGCGGCUUUGCGGGAGGUUUUCUAGUGCCUAGGCCUCAAAUGCCAGUGGUGUACAAUUUAUUAUUCUACAUCAAUCCACAGUUCUAUGGCUACGCAGCUAUCACAAAGAUCUUGUUACUGAACGUUCGUCUGAACUGCGAAUACGAGUCGACAUUGAACUGUAUCAGUACAGAUGGCAACGCUGUGCUGGCCAGAUUUGGACUGGAAACAGUUAACCCUUAUGAACACUUGGUGAUUAUGUUGGGGAUGACAGUGUUAUCUUUGUUACUCUCUUGGUUGUUUCUAGAAGCAAAGUACUUCAACUUGAGUUGCUUCACUAAAGCUCCGCCAGCAUUGUCCGCUGAGCCUAAAAUGGAGAGAGUUGAGGAAGUUUCUGUUAAACCACCUGAUGAAAUCCCCACCAAAGAUGACGAGGAGGAGGAAAUAGAGAUGGAGACGCCAGAAUUCAUUCCCGUCAAGCCAUUCAGUCGUAACCGAAGUUCUGCAAAAUCCAGGCUUGGGCUGAUAAGUGGGAACCAAGGAUUUCAUUCUGUUAAGCUUCCUUCUCAAAGGCGGCGUACCAGCACAUCGGAAGACCUUUUUAACACGGAGCAAGUCAUAGAUGGCGCGAACAGACGUAAUCUGCAGGCUAUCCCCCGCAAACGGAUGGCCAGCGUUUCAGGGAAGGAACUGUGGAAAUGCACGCGACAACAUGUGGAGGAAAGAAAGAUUUACUUUGACAAGCGAAUGUCUCAGGUUCAAAACAUCGCCAGACGUUACACGAUAAAGCAUUCGCAAUCCAUGCGAAGGAGAGCCAAGGGGAAGGCGGCCAUUCCUCGCAGAAGCACCAUGGCUUCUUCGGCGGCACACGAAGCUAUGAAGCAGGAAUUAGUUUUGAAGCGUAAUGGUUGCAUGCAGGAAGAGUGUAGGAAGGAGCUUUCCCGACAAGAAGUAGAAGAGUUGACAGAAGAUGAAGGAAAUGAGGAAGGAAGUGAGUUUACAACAGGUGAAGUUGAAGACUCUGUUGAUGGGAAAUAUGCCCAUCGAGGAGAAGCCUCUGAAUCUGAGAAGGCGCAACAGCUUAAAGAUGACGAAAGAACAAGUACGAGUGGCUCUGGUGUCGCAUCUGUUAAGGGGAUAAUAUUAGAGAGAAAGCAGGAGGAACAUAGUGAAUCCAAGGACCAACAGCAAGCGGCAAGUGAAGGCAAUGAUUCCCAACAAGUUGAAGUGAAAGAUAAAGGAAAGCGAGUAAAGAGAGUCUCCCUAAUGGAUGUCACAGAUGUUCUGGAUGUGUAACUGGAGCACAAAGUCAUUCUUGUUCAGUUCAGUAAAAACCCGAUUGUAAGAAAAAAUAGGUUUUUGUAUUUUGGGGUAGUUAUCGGCAAUUUAGGCUAAGUAGGUUCUCGAUCAGGUUCUUAAUUUCUAUGAAGGAGAUAUACUUGUUGAUUACCAGAAAAAUAAGUAAGCAUGGGUGUGGUUCUUGAAUACACAGCAUUUAUUCACAUCUGUAUUAUGUAUUUUCUGGUAAUCUAAAUUUGCAAUCUCGGAGUCACAAUCUUAGGUUAAAAUAUUUACCAUAAUUUAAAACUGUGACUGGCAUAUUAGAACCUGCGUGAUCUUGCUUGGCUAAACAGGUUCUUAUAUUUUGGGGUUUUAGAGUCGCAAAUGUCUGCCAGCAGGUUCUUAAACCACUAGGUUCUUACAAGCGGAGUUUUACUGUAUUUUUGAAAGAAAUGUUUGUAUAGUAUGAACUGGUAACUUUGCUACAGUGUCAUGGAAAAGUAUUCAGAUUCAUGGCAUGAUUAGCACAAUUGAAUUUAACUGGUUAUCGCUGCACUGGUGACUGAUUACAUCGUGCAUAAAAAUGCACUUUAUGCAUGAAUGUUGUUGCGUAUAUUUCAUGGUAUGGACAGGUGUCACUGGUCAAAUAUUGUAAUGUAAAAGGCAUACCGAGCUAUUUAAGUUUGCUUCGUAAAAAUAAUGAUAGUAAUAAAGUUCUUUUUUUUAUUGGUGA